UCGCACGGUUCAGUUCGGCAAAGCGGUGGCAGCUGGCUAGAAAAACCAGAUAAACCCCCCUUAAAUAGAGUAUCAAAAGGGGACUUUGGAUUUCGGAUUUCGAACUACAGUGUGCCGAUCGAGAAUUCUUGACGGGCGUGCGUGCGAGUGCACACUGUACGUGUGUGUGUGUGUGUUUCCAGUGUGUUUAUGUGCCAAUAAAAACAAGCAUUUAUAAUUAAUCAUUCAAGGAGUGUGACUUUAAUGCCCGCUAUUUCGCCUGAUUGAUGGCUGGACAUGACUCUGGGUCGCGUUUUGCGCGAUGUUUGUCCCUCGGUCCUCCUGAGCAUCCCUAAAUCGCCAUUGCCGCAGAAUCAGAAUCGAAGUGUAUUAGCAGAAUGCUGCAUUGCCGUUGUCGGGCAAUUUAUUGCCAUACCCGCCGCAACUGAGAAUCUCUUGUUCGGCUGAAAAGAGGAAACACCACCCGCAAACCCUUCUUUCGACCAGGUCCUAAUCAUCAUCCCUUCAUCCCAAUGACAAAUGCAAUGCGGGCGAUUGCUGCACUCGCAGCAGGAGUGGUUUCAGUGGCCGCCACGGUGGUUACCAGCAGCACCACCAGCCCCAUUACCACCACCACCACCUCCACCGGCAGCAGCAGCAGCACCAUCAUCAUCAGCGGGAGCGGUGGCAACAGUAGCGGCGGAUUCUCCACAAAUUCCACGCUGCUGGACGCCGAUCACCUGCCGCUGCAACUGACGACCGCCAAGGUGGACCUGGACAUUGAAAUCGACAUCCAACUGCUGACAAAUGGCUACGAUGGCACAACGUUGACAUCGUUCUACAAUGAGAGCAGCUGGACAAAUGCCUCUGAAAUGGAUACAAUAGUUGGUGAGGAACCGGAGCCGCUGUCACUUGUGUCAAUUGUAGUUGUUGGCAUCUUCCUAUCGGUGCUGAUAUUCCUCUCGGUGGCCGGCAACAUCCUCGUCUGCCUGGCCAUCUACACGGAGCGCAGUCUGCGCCGCAUCGGCAAUCUGUUCCUGGCCUCGUUAGCGAUUGCGGACCUGUUCGUGGCCUCCCUGGUGAUGACCUUCGCCGGCGUCAACGAUUUGCUGGGAUAUUGGAUCUUUGGAGCGCAAUUUUGUGAUACUUGGGUGGCCUUUGAUGUCAUGUGCUCGACGGCGUCAAUUCUGAACCUGUGCGCCAUCUCGAUGGACCGCUACAUCCACAUCAAGGAUCCGCUGAGAUACGGCCGCUGGGUGACACGACGCGUGGCUGUCAUCACCAUCGCGGCCAUUUGGCUGCUGGCCGCCUUCGUCUCGUUUGUGCCCAUCUCGCUGGGCAUCCAUCGACCCGACCAGCCGCUGAUUUUCGAGGACAAUGGCAAAAAGUAUCCCACAUGCGCCCUGGACCUCACGCCCACCUACGCCGUCGUGUCCAGCUGUAUCAGUUUCUACUUCCCCUGCGUGGUCAUGAUUGGCAUCUACUGUCGAUUAUACUGCUAUGCCCAGAAGCACGUCAAGUCCAUCAAGGCGGUAACCCGACCGGGCGAGGUGGCCGAGAAGCAGCGCUACAAGAGCAUCCGGCGCCCAAAGAACCAGCCGAAGAAGUUCAAGGUGCGCAACCUGCACACCCACAGCUCGCCGUACCACGUGUCCGACCACAAGGCCGCCGUCACGGUGGGCGUGAUCAUGGGCGUGUUCCUCAUCUGCUGGGUGCCCUUCUUCUGCGUGAACAUCACGGCCGCCUUCUGCAAGACCUGCAUCGGCGGCCAGACCUUCAAGAUCCUCACCUGGCUGGGCUACUCGAACUCGGCCUUCAAUCCGAUCAUCUACUCGAUCUUCAACAAGGAGUUCCGCGACGCCUUCAAGCGCAUCCUGACCAUGCGGAACCCGUGGUGCUGUGCCCAGGAUGUGGGCAACAUCCAUCCGCGGAACAGCGACCGCUUCAUCACCGACUAUGCCGCCAAGAAUGUCGUGGUGAUGAACUCGGGCCGCUCCAGUGCCGAACUGGAGCAGGUGUCUGCGAUUUGA